AUGGAGUUCUUGAUGCAGCCCAUAAGCAGGACACUGCUAGAAGAGAUCAAUGAUAACAAUAGCAUGAUGGAGACUGUGCGGGUCCUGGUCGUCGCGGCCGCGGAGGUAGAGUUGGCAGCACCGGCGGCUUCCAGCGCCGACAGGCAAAUCUGUCUUGAAGCAGCCAGUGCAAAGCCUGCAGGUGCAGAUGGGGCUGAAUGCUCAGAGCACUCCAUAGAGCAGCUGGACCCAAAAACACCGGGCUGGGCGCAAAGAGUGCGUGUCAGUGCUGCUGCUCUAGGUAGGGCUCCUUGCCCGGACAGGGUUACAGCCCUGGAGAAGACUGUCUGA